CACCUCUUCCUGCGAUUUGGUAGACUGCCCUUUUUUUGACGUCAGUUGGGAGCGAUGUAGCGUCAGAUAUUCUUUCGUUUUCCGCUGUGAUGAGCGAUGUAGCGUCAGAUCUUUCGUUUUUCCGCUGCUACUUGGCAUUGGUGCUUGGGGCUGUAGGCGCGCCCCGGUGCUAACAACAACUUGAUACAGGAGGGAUCUCGUUGCUGGGAGGGGGCUACUUGAAGAGGAGUAGCAAAUAUUUGAUAUUAUUUGUAAACGCGGAGGUUUGCAAUUUGGUGAUUGCUGUGUUGAUUUUGUGUUGACAAGUCAUUCAGCGGGAUGACCUUGGAGGCGGAGGGUUUUGAUCCGGUGGCCGGUGAGGCCGCGGCAAGAGCCAACAAGCGCAAGUCUGAAAACAAGCGGGAGGGCAUGCGCAAGGUGGAGCUCUCACCCAACGGCGACCCGGUCAACUGGCGAAGGGUCAAGGAGGCCGGCGUGUGGUUUUGGAUCAACGAUGUCACCGGGGUGGCCACUGACGAGUGUCCGCACGAGUCUCUUCGGCCGCCGAGGGCUGCAAGGAAGCGCAGCAUGCCGCGGGAGGGGUCGAUAGCCGGCGACGGUUCCGAGACCCUUCUAGAGUGUCUCGACAUCGACUUUGACGGGCAGGAGGAGGGCACGGGGGCGCUCGUCUAUGACAGCUCGGAGUUCCAGCAGGCCAUGCGACUGUUGGACGGCGGGCUGCCCUCUCAGGCUGCUGCUUGCCGCGCAAAAUGA